AUGACGAAGGGUACCUCCUCGUUUGGUAAGAGACACAACAAGACGCACGUUCUGUGCCGUCGCUGCGGUCGCCGCUCUCUCCACGUCCAGAAGCACACCUGCGCUUCCUGCGGUUACCCCUCGGCCAAGACCCGCAAGUACAACUGGUCCGAGAAGGCCAAGCGCAGAAAGACCAACGGUACCGGCCGCAUGCGCUACAUGAAGGACGUCUCCCGCCGCUUCAAGAACGGCUUCCAGUCCGGCGUCCCCAAGGGCUCUACCGUCCCCGCCUCGGCUUAA